GGGGCUGUGCAUGGAGCAUGGACACAAUCCCACCGACACUGAGAGGAGCAGCAGCAGCCGCAGCCCCAUAUACACACAGGCUUCCCAUUAGCACUUCUAUAAGGAACCAGUGUCCAGCAGCUGCUCACUACUUAAUAACGAUGGACCUCUCCUGCCAGGACUCACUCUACCCCAAAUACCAGGGGGACCCCGAGCUGAAAGAAGAAGGGGUGCAAAGCACAGACUCUGGAGCCCCCCAGCAGCUCAAUGAAAGGAAACAGGAGCAGACAAGUGGCCCACUCAGCUCAGGUGACUUCGCUGACAACGGUGAGACUUCAGAUUACUUCUUCCUCAGCAGUCAGCCUUCUCCACCAUUACCGCUCAAUUAUUCGGGCAGCUUCUUCAUCGAGGCCAACCCAGAGCAUUCUCAAGACCAAGAAGCUUUCUUCAGCAUCAUGUCUGGAAUUCUGGGAAUCUCCACCAUCUCGGCUCCUCAGCAGCUAAACAGGCAGGAGUCCCUUUACUCCGUCCCUGAGGCCAUUCAGAACCAUAUGGACCUUUACUCCCAACCCAAUCUGAGAAUCUCUGUGCAACAGCCCUACCAGAACCAACUAUACUCUGCCUUCAGCAGCACUGAGGAUAUUCACCAGGUCCCCAGUUCCCCCAGUCUGGGAAGCUCUUCCUCUUCCCAGUGCUUUUUUGACUCCAAAGUGGUCCCAAACAAACACGAAAUGGAAUUUUCCCCGAUAUCUCCCUCUAUGGACUCUUUCAGCUCACCGUGCCCUCAGUGGGAGGCUCAGACUGGCCAAAGCUUUGCCACUAGCUCCUUCCAGCAGGACUCUUUCCAGCAGGACUCUUUCCAGCAGGACUCUUUCCAGCAGGACUCUUUCCACCAGUCCAAUAACCCCCAUCCAGUCUUUCACCCACUGGAAUCCAAGGUUGAGAAUAUGAUGUCUGCCUGCUGCCAACCUCAUGCCACGGAAAUAUCAGAAGAUUCUGCCAAUUUCAGCAGCAUAGACUUUACCUGCCAGUUGGACAGUUAUCAAACCUCCCAUAGCGAUUUCAAUGACACCAAGAUGGACUUAAAAUCUCAACUCAUGGGGGAUUUCAAAUACCAGUUUGGCAAUCCGGUGGCAGCACCUGGACUAACAAACCAAGAGGAGGUCAUCCACCACCCUUCUCCUCCUCUCAUCUCCACUAACUUUUUGGGUCAUUCUCCUACUGAGGGACACAUGCUCCCUAAUCAUGUGGUGGGACCCUCUGUAGAGCCAAGGAAAAAAUACCAGAGAAACAAGUUCCCAGCCAAAUGCUUUCGCCCAAAACCUCACGAGAAAGCCUUUGCGUGCCCAGUUGAGAGCUGUAUUAGGAGCUUUGCGCGCUCGGACGAGCUCAACAGGCACUUGAGGAUCCACACUGGCCACAAGCCCUUCCAGUGUAGGAUUUGUCUGAGGAAUUUCAGUCGCAGCGACCAUCUCACCACCCACAUCCGCACUCACACGGGGGAAAAACCCUUCUCCUGCGAUUUGUGCGGCAGAAGGUUUGCCAGGAGUGACGAAAAGAAGCGACAUGGAAAGGUCCACAUGAAGCAGAAGGUCAGGACUGAGGAGAAGCUGAAAGGUCUUGGCUUCUACACUGUGGGCUUAUCCUUUGGGACCCUGUGAAACAACCCAACCGAGGUUACCUCUGGUUACACCUUUUCCUUGGGGGACAUCUCCCCCUGCAAUUGGUCUACACGCUAGCCCCUUGUUCUUUGGAAGGAGCUGGUUUGAUUUGUGGCUCGGCUGUUACCUGCAUGGCUCAAUCUCAUGUCUAUUUGCCAAAGGCAACUCUGUCAGCUUCAUUUAUUGUACAGAGAACCAGCACCAUCAAGUUGGAGUUGAGGAGUUUCAGCACCAAGCCCUGUGGACAGCUCCUGCCUGAGCCGAAUCGUGAGAUCGAUACCAGACGCCUCAAUGCGAAUUAAAGCGCAUCGUUCUAUACAGUUAGAGCACUAGUUAGAGCACUAGCUGCCUAUUCUUACUGACACUAGCUGUGCUAUUUACACACACUUCCAUACAUACUGUUACCUCCGCUUAUAGCGUCUCUAUUCUCAGCCUGUCGGGAGAUAAAGUAAAGAAUGAGAAGAGGACCUUGAACAUAUUUGUACAUAUAAAUAGUCACAUCGCUAAGUGAAGCCUUUGUACUACAAACGGACUCAAUGUUGUCAGGCACUUUAGUGAACUAGUCUCCAGUGUAUUAUUCUCUGCUGCUAUUUGUACAGAAAUCACAAGAAAAAGAAGAAAUGAAUAAAACAUUUAUUUGUUUCCACCUUUGCUGGGAGUGGACUUGUUUGACUUAUUUCUACCACACACAGUGGGUGCUUUUCAUACAUACAUAUAUAUACAUAUAUUAGCCCAAACAAGGGCUGUGGCGACUUGACUGUCUUUUCCUUUUUACAGACUGGAUCCUGGAAUUUUUGUACUGUAUUUAAGCUUUUGUUGUUGAUUUGUAUUUAUGACUUUAUUUUGUACAAAGAAUCUGGUUCAAAUACAUGACAUAGUGUUUUAUUUUUUCAGAUAAAUAAAGUUUCUUCUGCUCUGCAAA